AUGGCUUCUAUACUGCGGAUCAUCGAGGUCGCAACCCCGUCGGUUGAUUCCCUUAUGGUCCCGUUUUGCAGCGCCUCCUCCAGCCCAAAGAUCAUGCAGGAUACCGUUCAUGCCCUCACCCACGAAGUCAUCGCAGCAGCCAAGGCAUUUGACAGCACCCUUACGCAUGCUACAAUGGUGCCUGUUCUUCGCGGAGCACUCCCUAUGUUUGUCGCUGCGCAGCCUCUCCUUUCAUCCACAUCAUGCAUCCUUGUGCGGUGUAGCAAGGUCAAAGGAUCUCAGAAAGUGGCUAUCGAAUGGCUUGGUCGCAAGCCGUUUCCCCAGGAAGAUGGAGAUGGAAAGGUGGUCAUUCUAGAUACCAUCAUAGCCACGGGAGAUACGGUUCUUCAGCUUUGUGAAGAGAUUUGGAACAUGUCGGGCAGAACGAAGGAGUCCUCUGUGGUUGUUAUGUGCUGCUAUGCUGCACCCAAGGCUUUAGAGCUAAUUUCGAUGCAUCCCGUCGUUGACUACAUAGUUGUGGCGAAAAAGUCCCAAGGAUGUGAUACGGCCGGAUAUCUUAUCCCUUAUACCCAUGGAGACAUUGGCGACAAGAUGUACGGUAAAGCAAGCAGAAAGCGGGCCGAGGCAGUCAUUGCGGAUGGGCAAGAUGUGCAGCGAGUGUCUACCGGUGUAAAAGAGUUGCUUCGUGAGAACGGCGGGCUAUGGGAUCUUACUCCUGAUGCAACGGGCAUUGAGCGCAAUAUCAAAUUUCCAACUUUUAAAAAAGCCUGGGCAUUCAUGGAAAGGGUUGCGAGUGCAGCUGCCGCCCAUCGACAUCAUCCGGAAUGGACAAAUGUCUACAAUACGGUUCAUAUUCGCUGGACGACGCACCAACCGAACGGCCUAACAGACUUGGACGUGAAAAUGGCGAAUCUAUGUGAUGGAUAUACUGAUAUAUAA